UUCCUGUUUGUCUUUGGCAGCCAUUGUAGCUCUUCUUCUGAAUCCAUUACUUUCCUCUUUAUUAAGUUUUCCUAGCAACUUUCCUUCUCUUUUUUGAGCCUGAAGCCUGUUUUUCAAGCAAAGCUUGUCUUUUUGAGUCACCAAAGUUAAACCCAUUUUGAGAAUGGUAUUUUUUCUUUUUGUAGUUAUCUUAGCAACACUUUAGAAACUUAUGUGUGAUCCCUGAGAAAACCCAGUUGCUGGUUUAGUCUCUUUCAGCUGCUUUUGUUGGUGUUUUGGUUGUCACAAUGAACUCUUCAGCAAGGUUGGAUUCAGCUGUGUUUCAACUCACACCAACUAGAACCAGGUUUGAUUUGGUUAUAACUGUAAAUGGAAAGAAGGAGAAAAUUGCCUCAGGUUUGCUCAACCCAUUUCUAUCCCACUUGAAGGCUGCUCAAGAUCAAAUGGCUAAGGGUGGUUAUUCAAUUGUUCUUGAGCCUGAACAUGGCAGUGAUGCCACAUGGUUUACCAGGGGAACUGUUGAAAGGUUUGUUCGCUUCGUGAGCACUCCCGAGAUAUUGGAACGUGCGUAUACUAUAGAAUCCGAAAUCUUACAAAUUGAAGAGGCAAUUGCAAUUCAAGAAAAUAGUUCUAUAGGGAUUAGCGCUUUGGAAGAAAACCAAAUAAAACAAGUGGAAAACACUGAAGGCAGGAAGACUCUGCAGGAUACUAAUGAGGAAAAAGCAAUUGUACUUUACAAGUCUGAUGCACAGCCACCUGAAGCAAACGGAAGCACCAGAUCAGAAGGAAACUCAAAAGUUCAGCUUUUGAAAGUCCUGGAGACACGUAAAUCAGUGCUGCAGAAAGAGCAAGGAAUGGCAUUUGCACGUGCUGUUGCUGCUGGUUUUGACAUUGACUACAUGCCAGCUUUGAUGUCAUUUGCUGAAUGCUUUGAAGCAUCACGCUUGAUGGAUGCGUGUAGAAAAUGUAUGUCUCUAUGGAAAAGAAAGCAUGAAAGUGGCCAAUGGCUUGAAAUUGAAACUGCUGAAGUGACGCCCAACUGUGCAGACUUCUCUGCAAUAAAUGCCUCAGGCAUUAUACUUUCCAAUAUUGCCACUACAUCCCAUACUGAAUUGGACACAGAAAGCAAUGGGAAAGCAAAUUCAGAUGUGUUCCCAAUGGACCACCAACCAACUACAGGCUACCAAGGUAAUAUUCAAGGUCACUUUCCACAUCAUGGGUUCCCUCCUUGGCCUGUUCAUUCUCCCCCUGGUGCUUUACCAGUGUUUCAGCCAUAUCCAGUGCAAGGCAUACCCUACUAUCAGAGUUAUCCGGGAAACAGCCCAUUUAUGCCGCCAGUUUGUUCACCUAUGGAGGAUCCCAGACUAACUGCUGGUCAAAAUAUGGAACACAGAAGGCAUUCCAUGGAUAAUAGACACAACAAUACUGAAUCUGAAACUUGGGAUGUAGAAUCUUCAAAAACAAGGUUUCAGCAUGAAGUGGAUAUGGAGAGGGAAGGUUUGCGGACUGGAGAACAGCAAAAGAAGGCUAGCAGAUCAGGUAGACAGAAAUCUGGCAUAGUGGUCAUUCGGAACAUCAAUUACAUAACAAAGACAGAACGUUCUUCUGGCAGUGGAUCAUAUUCAGAUUCUGCCUCUGAAAAUGAUGAAUACAAAGAUACUCAGGAAUCUGUGAAGACCUCAAAAAGAAGAGGAACCAGUAAGGAAUCUUUGAAAAGGUUGAAUUCAUCUGAUAAGGAAGAAACAGACUGUGGGAAUUAUGCAGAUGGAGGACAUUGGCAAGCAUUCCAAAAUUGUUUACUGAGAGGUGUAAAUGAAGACCAGUUUGAACUGGAAAAGGUUGAUCAUGUGAGGAGAAAAAAACAUGUUGCAGUCAAUGAUCCUAUAGAGUUUACUAAGCGGGGUACGCAUGAAGUUCAAGGAGGCCAGUCUGGUAAUGGUAGAUCUGUGGAUAGUGUACAGUCUUUAGAAAUAGAUGGAAGAAGGAAUGGUUAUACGAAGGGUGCCAAUGAUGAUUUCAUCAUUGUUAAACAAGAUAAUCGAUCUGGUAAUUCACAUUCUUCCUCUGCUAUGGCAGCUGUCAAUGGACUAGGUUAUUCAAACAAUAAUUUGGAAAGGAAGUUGUUUCAUGAUAUGAACGACGACUCCUACAUAGUUGAUUAUAGGUCAGUCAGAGUGAAUGAUGCUGGAAAUAUUGGGAGAAAUGCUAUUGACAUGGGCUCAGAGUUUCCUAAGGUGCAUACGAAGGAAAUUUUUUUUUCCAAUUAUCAGCCAAAUGAAUUGAGCUUGAUGCCUGAACGAGCAGCAGAAAAGGGGUCAAUGGGUUAUGACCCUGCAUUGGACUAUGUAAUGCAGCCCCAGUCCAAAGGUGGUGCUUCACAAGAUAUGAAGAAUAAAGGGGGGUUGGCUCUCGCCAAACCAAAAUCCAAGAUGUUGGAUAAGGAGCAGAAAUCAAAACCUUCUCCAAAUAGUUCUGAUAAGAAAAAGACUGUUGGGCCAAUAAGGAGAGGAAGGACUAAUAAAAUGAGUCCAUUGGAUGAAGCUCGAGCACGUGCUGAAAGACUACGAAACUAUAAAGCUGAUCUCCAGAAAAUUAAGAAAAAGAAGGAAGAGGAAGAGAUCAAACGUUUGGACGCUUUAAAGAUGCAGAGGCAAAAGAGAAUUGCUGCCAGGAGUAGCUCAAUCCCCACUAACUCACCUGUGCCAUCACAGCUAACCAAGAAACAGUUUCCAACUAAAGUUUCGCCAAGCUCUUAUAAAGGAUCAAAAUUUAGUGAUUCAGUACCAGGAUCAUCCUCACCCUUCCAAAGAGUCCCCAUCAGAACUGCUUCUGUUGGAUCCAAUGAUUCUUCAAAAGCCUCAAAAGCCAGCAGAUUGAAUACUGGAAACCACUCAGUUACCAACAAAUUAAGCAGAUCCGUGCCUUCUUUGUCUGAAUCUAAGCAAGACAAGGGUGAUGGUACAACUAAUACUAAGGCAUCAAUGGCACGAAUUAGAAGAUUGUCAGAACCUAAAAUGAGUACCAUUCGUCAAACUUCCUCAGUUAAACCACGUGGCACUAGGACAAUUUCAAUGACUAAAGCUGCUGAUGAGACCAAGAGCAAAAAGAUUUCUGCUAUUGUGAAUCAUGAUGAAAGCAAGACCUCAACCCUCCCAGAACUGAAAAUCAGAACAUCUAAAGCAAGUGACAUUGUCCAAAAGAGAUCAUCAAUCAAAGAGAAGACACAGAAUCUGAAUGGUAACAAGUCGCCUACGAAUUCAGAAGGUAUCUUGCUGAAGAAAAAUGAAAUUGGAAUGUCAUCCACCGAUUAUAGAGAUGACAAUCCAAUAAUUGAGAAGACUGUUGUGAUGCUUGAGUGUGAAAAACCUCGCGCCCCUGCUAUUAAUGAUGACAAGUCAAAAGAAAAACCCAGUAUACCAAAGAGACAGCAUGGCAACAAUAAAGUGAUGAACAAAACUGAGACAGUGUCAAGUUAUGUUGCUAUUCGCGCACCAGUUUCACCAUUAAACACAGAUAUAGUAGAUAUAGAAACCUCAGAGAACCAAUCACACGUGCAACCCAUAUCAACCAAGGUUAAAAUGAAUAAAACAGAGAAAGAACCUUCAAAAUCAUCUACCAUUAGUAUUGCUGAAGAAACUUAUCAUGCCCCAUAUGCUCGAGUUUCUUCCUUGGAAGAUCGUUGUACACGAAAUUCCGAGUAUGGUAAAGCACCUCCCACUAGCUUGGAGACUGCAUCAACUGGUGUUGAGGCUGUUAGAGCACACGUGUCUGACUCCAGAAACUCAACACUUGAGAAGAUUCCUGAAGUAGUUGAGAAGCCUCAGGUAAAGGAAUCAUCGAAAGGGUUGAGACGGCUGUUAAAGUUUGGAAGAAAGAAUCAUAACUCAGCUACCGCUGGACACAACAUGGAAUCAGAUAGUACCAGUGUUGAUGGUUCUAAAGCAAAUGAGAUUGGAACUAAUGGUUCUUCCAAUGAAGUUCAUACUUUGAAGAAUUUGGUCUCUCGAGAUGAAACUCCCACAACCAGUGCAACUCCUCAAAAGUCUUCUCGCUCUUUCUCCUUGUUAUCACCAUUUCGAAGCAACCACGGCCAAAAAAAGAUAAUGAUGGCUUGAUAAAAUUGAUGCCUGUUAUUUGAGGUUGAUGCAGUAAAUAUUUACUUGAUUCUUUUGAUUUUUUUUUUUUUUCUCUUUGGGCUUCAAUGAUCCUGA